ACAGAGAACAAUCGUAAGGUCGGCACGGAAACCCGGCUUGGCUUUUGUGGCUGGGGUCUUGGCGUGGUGCUGGUGGCUGAGAACUUGGCGUGGCUUGUGUCAGCGCUGGUGGCUGGGGUUUUGGUGUGGCUUCUGGCUGGGGACUUGGCGUGGCUUGGCGUGGUGCUGGUGGCUGAGGACUUGGCGUGGCUUGUGUCGGGAACUUGGCGUGGCUUGUGUCAGCGCUGGUGGCUGGGAACUUGGCGUGGCUUGUGUUGGGUGGCUGGCGCAGUGGCUUGA